AUGGCUUCACAAAAUGAAAUCACCGCCGUAGCGGUGCACUCCAAGGAGGAACCAACAACUUACGCGCCUGACACCUCCGGCCCGGCCAACAAGGAUGAGGGCAUCUAUGCAAGUGACACGCCUGCUCGUCACAACCCCGUUGGAUCACGGUUGGGAUCUGCUCUCCGAGCCUUCGAGCAGCAGCUUGUCGAAUAUAACCUCGAGGCGCGGGGAAUUGAGCGAGUCGCUUCGGAUGAGCGUAUGAAGCGCUUGACCUGGAUGUCGUAUCUGCAGGUGUUCUUGCUGUGGAUUUCGAUCAAUCUGGCGCCUAACAAUAUCACUCUUGGGAUGUUGGGGCCUGCGGUGUUCGGUCUCAACUUCAAGGACUCGGCUGUUUGUGCUGUUCUCGGCGCCUUGGUUGGCUCCGUGGCCGCAUCUUGGAUGGCUACUUGGGGUCCUGUUUCGGGUAUUCGGACUCUGGCUUUUGGAAGAUACUCGAUGGGCUGGUGGCCUAGUAAGAUCAUUGUCUUGUUGAACCUCGUCCAAAUGAUCGGAUAUGGCUUGAUUGAUUGCGUCGUUGGUGGACAAAUCUUGUCUGCUGUCUCUCCCUCGGGCAUGUCUGUGGCUGUUGGCAUUGUCAUUGUCGCGAUCAUCAGCUGGGCAGUAGCUACAUUCGGCAUCCAAGUCUUCCACUACUAUGAACGCUUCGCCUGGGUACCCCAAGUAAUCGUGGUCUGCAUCUUAUUCGGUGUCUCAUCCGUGAAAUUUGAUCUAUCAACCGCUUCAGAGGGCGAUGUCCGCACUGUAGCCGGCAACAGACUAUCCUUCUUCUCCAUCUGCCUCAGCGCCGGAGUCACCUACACCCCCCUAGCAGCCGACUUCUUCGUCUACUACCCAGAAAGCACAUCCCGAACCAAACUCUUCAGCCUAACCCUAGCCGGCCUCCUCUUCUCCUUUACCAUGGCCCUGGUAAGCGGCGUCGGCCUAGCCUCCGGCAUCACAAAGUACCCGGAGUACGCCGCCGCCUACGCCAAAGGCCAAGGCGCCCUAAUCGUCGAAGGCUUCGGCCCCCUCCACGGCUUCGGCAAAUUCUGCUCCGUCAUCUGCGCCCUCGGCCUGAUCGCAAACACCGUGCCCCCAACCUACUCCGCCGGCAUCGACUUCCAGAUCCUCGGCCGCUACGCCGAGGCCGUCCCCCGCGUCGUCUGGAACACCAUCGCCGCUAUCAUCUACACCGUCUGCGCGCUCGCCGGUCGCUCCCACCUCGCUGAUAUCUUUACUAACUUCCUCGCGCUCAUGGGCUACUGGGUCGUUAUCUGGAUGGCUAUUGUUCUCGAAGAGCGGUUUAUCUUCCAUCGCCGCACGGGGUAUAACUGGGCUAUUUGGAGGGAUCCUUCUAAAUUGCCUAUUGGUAUUGCUGCGUUCAUUGCUUUCGUUAUUGGGUGGGUUGGUGCUGUGCUGUGUAUGGCGCAGGUGUGGUAUAUUGGGCCGAUUGCGAAGUUGGUCGGAGAUUAUGGGGCUGAUAUGGGUGUUUAUGUUGGGUUCGGCUGGGGUGCGAUUGCUUACCCUCCUCUCAGAUACCUUGAGCUUCGCUUCAUCGGUCGUUAG